CUGAACAGCUCUCUCCACCUCCACGAUCCACCAACUCUUCCUGUGCGAUCUGAUUGCCAAAUAAUAACGACUUCUCGCCACGCCACAUAGUGUUGAUUGUUGUCGUUCUAUUUACGUCCCGUGUACGGUUUAGGAUCUGUGUCACUGCACGUUCUCUGCACUUCGUCAUGGCUCCCACCAAUCCUGGGUUGAAGCACCUGUCCAACGCUCUAGCAACCCCCGAUCAGCUAUCAAACUCCUCGUCCUCGAUCGAUGGCGUCCCGGCUGAUCUCGAAACCUCGAUCCGCUGUGCAGGUGCCCAGCUCACCCAAACCGCUGGCAUUCUCCUGCACUUGUCGCAAGAUAUCAUUUCCCAGGCCAUUGUGAUCUUCACGCGUUUUUGGCUCGGAGCUGACGGCGGUAGCUUGCGAAUUUACUCAGUCAAGGAUGUCUCCGCUGCAGCUCUCUAUCUAGCGGCCAAGCUUUCCUUCCUACCCACCUCCCCGCGCUCCGUGCUCAAUGUCUACACCUUCCUUCUAUCACGGGAUGCCUCGCCCUUGUGGUUUGUGAAACCAGACGGUGCUCCCAAGACCCCUCCAGCUCCUGAAACCUACAUCCUGACGGAAGGCGGGUACCAAUCCGCCCGAUUGGUGCUUCUUCGCAUUGAGUCCGUCAUCCUCCGCACCCUCGGCUUCGAUACACAUGUCGCCCUACCGCACACUAUUGCAUUGACAUAUCUACAAACUCUGGGUGUGGCAAAACCCGCUGUUGCUCAACGUGUCAUCCAGCAUCUCAACGCCGCACUGCUCUCACCUCAGUUGCUAUAUGUCACACAUCAACCCAAUGCCCUAGCCGUCGCUGCCAUCUAUCUUGCUUCGCGCGAAGUAGGAGUCAAGCUCGUUGAUGGCGACUGGUGGGAAGUCUUCGAUGUUGAUCGUGAGGAGCUUGGUUUCUUGGUCGUGGCUUUGCAAAGUACCGAAGGGUUUAUGCGGGUCGAGGCUAGUCAAUGGAAGGAUAAAACCAUUCCUAUGGUUCCGGAUGAGGUCGAAGCUGAGAUUGAACGACGCCGAAUGAUGCAAGAAGGCGAGUGAGCUGAGGGUUGAAUUAUGUUGGAAAUCCUAGAUCACAGGCAAAAGGUGAUGUUGGAUGGGAAGCUCUUGUAGAAGCUAUGAGCUACCAAAUCAUAUCUCGGAUGGCAU